AUAUUUGAACUCCAACAUCAUCAGAGCUGGCUCAACGGUAACAUCGUCAUCAUCCUCAUCCACUAUCUCCUUCUUCUUCUUUUUCUUCUUUCUUGCAACUACAUGGACACAUCUCACUGCGUCGGGAAGCAUUCAGCAAUAGUACUCACUAGUUCUGGAAGAACACCUCUCUCACGCUCCUUCAACCCUAAUGCCCUCGUGGGGCACAUGAGAUGGGCUGAACCAGGGGCGUCGACAGCAAUACUUCGGAUGUGUACUGGAUCGGAGUGCGGAUAUAUGCCAAACGUACUACCACUGUGAGACUCGUACCUCGUUUCUAUGUGGCCAGCCAGCCUUAUACACAAUCAGGGGUAACGUGGGAUUGCAGCAGGAUAACCGCUGGAUGCCGUAGUUGACUUCUCUCGUCCAUGGGACCAAGUAUGUGGAAAUCCGUGCUGCAAAUUUGCAUGCGGAAAAACGCUGUAAUCCCCCAUUGCAUUACUGACGCACUGCACGUGCCAAGCUUUCUCGACAGCGGUGCUGCUAUACGUCAGGGCGGGCCCUUUACUGUGAAGAGGCCGAUUUCCCUACUAUUUCCACCUCUCCAGCCGUCGCCUCGAGUAGCGCCGCUCUGGUUACGUCGCAGCAUUCGUCAUAACUCGGGAAUUUUCGCAUCUUUGUGGCCCCUCGCCCCGGUUACGGAGAUGGAGUCUUACGAGAUCCACAGAUUCAUCGCGUAGCACGGGAAGGGAGUAGGGUUGGCGGGAAGCCUGUAGACCUUGAG